GGAUGGCGGUCGGGAGGAAUCUCUCGCAUACAGUCAUUACGCUCUUCAUCGCUGACACCGGACCCCUCGAUCAUCACUCAUAACUGAUGCCGACAAUCCCGUCAUCAUUUGAUUUCCGAAGCCCAAUUCACAUUUCAUACGAAUAAUCUGGUGUUGGUGUACGGACGAGCUGGGCGACCUGAGAGCGUCGGCGAUGAAAAACUUCACAAAUAUUCAAGUAGACGAAUCUAAUAUUCUCACCUGGCAGGGCCUGAUAUUGCCGGACAACCCACCAUAUAACAAAGGUGCAUUUCGCAUCGAAAUCAACUUUCCUGCAGAAUAUCCUUUCAAACCACCAAGGAUAAAUUUCAAAACCAAGAUAUAUCAUCCAAAUGUGGACGAAAAAGGUCAGAUAUGCUUACCAAUUAUAAGUGCUGAAAAUUGGAAACCUGCGACGAAAACAGACCAAGUGAUCCAAGCUUUGAUAGCAUUAGUGAAUGAUCCUGAGCCUGAGCAUCCGCUGAGAGCAGAUUUAGCUGAGGAAUUCCUCAAAGAUAGAAAAAAGUUUUUGAAGAAUGCUGAGGAAUUUACGAAAAAGCAUGCCGAGAAGAGGCGGGAAUCAUCGUCGUCUAACGAAUAACCCCGAGUGAUUAGCUUUACUCACCACGAUGCCUGCCGCCCGUCAACUGAUUCAAACUCAAGCCAAUGUAUACCUGUCUGUUAAUCCCUGUGAAUCUCAUAGAUUCAAUUGAAUCUCAUAGAUUCAAGUUAAGAUGACUCUGUACAGUAUUGGUUAACACCGAUGAAUAUGAAUAUGAAAAUAUACGCAAAUUGUAAUGUUUAUAAUAAGAUGGAACGGACUUUCCAGAGUACAGUAAAUUAUGAUAAAUAACUGUAUCAUAUUGUAUACAAUUUAUACUUGAAGUCAUGCUAUGCAGUUAUACUUUGGUUUAACGUAUCGAAGGUUCGUUACAUUCCAGCUUGAUUAUGUAGGAAUGUACACGAUGAUGAAAAAUGGUUCAACAUAGAGCCGUUACGUUUAUCAGAUGUAGCAGUAUGUAUUAAAGGAACAUAAUUUCCAAUGUCGUUUAAGGUGUUAAUUUAUUGUCGCAUUUCGAAUUUAUAUAGUCACCGCUUUAUAACUGUUAAUAAUCUUAAGAUUAUGACUAAUAAAUGAUGAACAAUGA